AUGGUAUCAAUGACUCCAUCAGAGUCCGAGUACGAUGUGGUCAUCUCUCGAGAUGAAGGACUGGGCCAACUCUUCUAUCAACGAAUGGUCGAGGACCCCUCCGCCGUGGCGAUUGUCGACGAACAAGGCCAGAGCCUGACAUACGAAGCUUUGCAUGAGAGGGCUAUCGAGCUGGCGCAGGUUCUAACCCGGGAAGCGUUCGAUGCGGAGGAACGAGUCGGCAUUGUCGUCCAGCAUGGACUCUGGGACGCCGUCACACAGGUGGCCACCAUCUACACGGGAGGGACGUGUGUCCCUCUUGAUCCUCUCUUGCCCGACCAGCAGAUUAUCGACCGACUGAAACGGUUAGGCACCCGGUACGUCCUCGUGGACGAGGUCAACAACAAGCGGAAUCUCCCCUUUGCCUUACUGCCUGUUGAGCUGCGACGUCAACAUUGCAAGUCAUUCAGUACGCAGCCGUCGCAUUUUCCCGUCCCAACGACCAUGGCCCAUUGUACACACCUGAUUCAUACCUCCGGAACGACCAGCGAGCCCAAAGCCGUACAGAUCGCGGCCCGCUCCAUCGCCCAUGUGGCGCAUCACACUCCCUAUGAACCCGUCCGCAAUUCUGACGUGGUGGGUCACGGCAAUAGCACCAGCUUCGAUGUGGCCUUGUUCGACAUCUGGGCUGCUCUCGUCCGCGGAGCUGCGAUUGGUGUGCUCAGCAAGCCCACCAUUCUGGAUAUUCCCGCCAUGGCAGCUGCUAUCCGCCAGCUGGGCAUCACCAUCAUGGCCAUUACCGCGCCCCUGGUCAAUCUGGCGGCAGCAACAUGUCCCACAACAUUUCAACCACUGCGGGUAGUCCUCAUGGGCGGCGAGGCGGUUAAUCUCCGCGCGAUGGAGGCGAUUCUCACCGCUGGGCCACCGGAACAUCUCAUGAACGCCUACGGGCCCACGGAAUGCUGUGUCUACUGUCUCACCCAUGAGAUUACAAAGGAUGAUGUGGAGGCAGGCAAAGUCAGCAUUGGCAAGCCCAUCGGCCGCAAUGUCUGCUGCGUGUGCGACGAGGAGGGUCGUCGCGUCCCCGACGGCGAACAGGGCGAGUUGCUGGUGGGCGGGCCCGGCGUGUCGCCGGGAUAUGUCAACCAGUCUGACAAGAGCACCAAGACCUUCAUCUAUGUUGCCGGGAUGGCCGAUCCCAGGACCGGUGAGCCGUACCGGAUGUAUCGCACUGGGGAUAUGGUGCGGCUUCGUCGCGACGGACAACAUGACUUUCUGGGUCGUCAGGAUCACCAGGUCAAGGUCCGCGGAUACCGGGUCGAGCUGGCGGCGGUUGAUGCCGCACUGAUGAAAACUGGCCACUUCUCCGAGGGGCUUGCUAUGCGAAUAGACUCGAAGGAGGACGGGGCAGGUGCGACGCUGGUGGCCUUUGUUGCCCUUCAGGCCAACGCUAGGCACAAUGCCGUGGCGGUCGCGACAAAGAAGCUUCGUGCGACAUUGCCGGAGUACAUGGUGCCGCAUAUUGAGGUCAUCCCAAGAAUGCCGCUGAAUGCACACGCAAAAGUGGAUCGCAGGAAGCUCGAGGAGAUGUAUCACCAGCGCCGCGAGAAGCAUCUUUGCGCUCUCCAUGGGAAGGCCAGGGAUAUGAGUACUCGUGACCACCUCGCCCAUCUCUGGGCCACCAUACUGGCCACCCCCGUUCCUGAAUAUGCAGACGGCGACGACUUUUUCGCCCUCGGCGGCACCUCCCUUCAAGCCUCAUUGCUCAUCAGUCGCAUCCGGCAGCAAUUCCGCACCGGGAUAUCUCUUCUCACGCUUUAUGAUCACUCGACACUGGGUCAGCUUGCCUCGGUCAUCGACCGCCACUGGGGAACUACCAUGGCAACUGUGCGCAAUGAGCGCUCCCUCUGGCUUGCAGACACCAAACUGGCAGAUGGCCUUCAGCUCCCGCUCGGGCCGGCCAUUGACUGGCGCCGGAAAACCGAAGGCCGCGUGUUCAUGACCGGCGCCACCGGGUUCGUCGGUUCGUUCUUGCUAGCCGAGCUGCUAAAGAUGCCUGACGUGCAUCAGGUAGGCUGCCUGGUGCGCGCCAUUGAUACCGCCACUGGCCUACAGCGCCUGCAAGACAGCCUACGCAAAUACAACCUCUGGCACGGCACGUUCCAGUCCAAGCUUCUCCCUCACUGCGGCUCGUUAGAAAACCACUGGCUCGGCCUUGGCGAGCAGCGCUUCCGCGAGAUUGCCAACUGGGCCAGUGUCAUCUUCCACCUCGGCGCGCGUGUCAAUUACACCCAGCCCUACUCCCUCCACCGUCCGGCCAACAUUCUCGGCACGCUCAAUGUCGUCCGUCUGGCCGCCACCGGCCGCCUUAAGGGUCUCCACUACUGUUCCAGCAUCUCCUGCUACGGUCCCACCGGGUUCGUGACUGGCGCAAAGAUCAUCUACGAAGACUCGCCUCUCCUCCCGCAUCUGGACGCCCUCCCCUACGACCACGGCUACGCGCAGAGCCAAUGGGCCGCCGACCAACUCCUCCAACGCCUCGUGGGCCGCGGAUUCCCCAUCGCUGUGUACCGCCCCGGCUUCGUGACAGGCGAUUACCGGACGGGAGCCUGCAACCCGGACGAUUUCUUCAGCCGGUUGAUCCGCGCCAGUCUCGACCUGGGGGCGUACCCGGCCCUCCCCAACCAGCGCAAGGAGUUCGUCCCGGUGGACUACGCCGUCACCGCCAUGCUGCACAUCUCCUCCAGCAUGUCAUCUCUCGGCCAUGCCUUCCAUCUCCUGCCGGAGCGGUCAGGGUCCGUCGACAUGGACGCGGUGAUGGAGUUGCUGGGCCAGGCGCGGGGCGUGAUGCUGCAGCGAGUCAGCUACAGUGAGUGGAUUGAGCGGCUCUCGGCGAGCGCGCAUGCGAGUCUCCAGCCGUUACUUCCUAUGCUGGCGGAGAAGGUGCACAAGGGCCUUACUCGGUGGGAAUUAUACGAGAAUAUGCCUACGUACGACGAUACCAACACGAGGCAGGCGUUGAAGACAUAUCCGGGGGGACUGCAGUGUCCGCCUUUUGACUGUGCAUUGAUGAAGAAGUAUCUUGAUUCUUUGUUUGUUUGUUAG